AUGAUGUUCAAGGAGAGAAUGGACCAGAUGUCAAACAUAAAGGAACAACUGAUACAACAUCAACAACAGUUGCAAGACACACAGCAUCGUCUGGAUGAACAACAGGCUCAAUUUAAUGAACGUGAACAAGGAAUAACACAAAGAGAACAAGAUAUUACACAGCGUGAACAUGGAAUCAAUGAGCGCGAACAAGGCAUCACACAGAGAGAGAAUACAAUUGUUGAGAAGGAGAGAGCAAUCGAACAAAGACAACAGAGUGUGGAAGAACGUGAGGAUGAUCAACUGAAGAGCAUGGAGCAGCGAGAGUUGCAGCUCAGACAGUCCGAGUCUGCGAUGGAGCAGGCCAACCAACAAUUACAACACCAGCAGUUGCAGUUGCAGCUGCAACAGAAAGAGGUUGCUGAUGCUGCUGCUUCUGCGGCUGCCGAGCAACCAGGCCGACAGAUCAAGGAGAAUGAAAACAUCGGCAUUGUAUUACUACAACUUAACAAGGUCUCAGAAGCAUUGACUGGCAUGUUAACAACACAAGAUGAGUCUACGUUACAGUUUGACAAGCUUGCCCAAUUGAUGGCGGGCGCGAUGGAAAGAAAUGGAGAUGAGUGA